UAAUAUUCCACUUAUUAUCUCUCUUAUAAUAUAUUUAAUUAUAUCACAUUAGCUACAUCAUCGCUAUUGUUUACUUUUAUAUGUUUACUUUUGCUAACAAAGUAAAUCAUCUAUCUUUAUUUUUCAAGAAGAAACAAACAUCCAAAAUAUACUUAAAAUCAAACCAACUUUUCUUCUUUCUUCUUUCUUCUUUCUUUUGUCUUUUUUUCUUUUGAAAAGCGCAACAAGAUUCUCACCACAAAAGAAAAGAAAAGAGCAACAAGAUCUUAUCAUGGGUGAACCUAAAAAGCUUCAUGUUGCUUUGUUCCCAUGGCUCGCAUUUGGUCAUAUAAUCCCAUAUCUGGAUCUGGCCCAGCUCAUAGCCCAGAAAGGUCACAAGAUCUCCUUCAUAUCUACUUCAAGAAACAUCCAACGUUUGCCACAAGUCUCUUCAAAGCUAUCAUCCAGUAUCAAACUCAUAAGCCUCACUUUACCCCAAGUAGAAAAUCUCCCACAUGAUGCAGAGUCCACCAUGGAUUUACCUUAUGACCAUGUCCCGUAUCUCAAGAAGGCCUAUGACCUUCUGCAGGACCAGUUGCUUCACUUCUUACAGACUUCUGCUCCAGAUUGGAUAAUUUAUGACUUUUCUCCUCAUUGGUUACCUCCUAUUGCUGCAAAUCUUGGGAUCUCAGGUGCUUUCUUCAGUAUAUUUGGUGCAUGGUCAUUAACUUUCUUGGGAUCAUCAUCCUCGGCCAUGAUUAAUGGUGAUGAUCCACGGACAAAGGCUGAACACUUAACUGUCCCUCCAGAUUGGGUUCCAUUUUCCUCCAAGGUCGCAUUUCGGCUCCAUGAGGCCAAGCGUGCUCUUGAUCACCUUGGGAUGAACAAUUCAGGUUUCUCCGAUGCUUUUCGUAUAGGUUCUGUACUGGGGCAUUCUGAUGUUAUAGCUAUACGAAGCUGCAUCGAGAUAGAAGCCGACUUUUUAAGGCUCCUAGGUCAGCUUCAUGGUAAGCCUGUGCUUCCAGUAGGUAUACUGCCACCUUCAGCUCUGGAUAGUAGCGAUGACAAAGACGAUACAUGGAUUGAAAUCAGUUCAUGGCUUGACAAACAUAAUAAAGGAUCUGUAGUUUACAUAGCAUUUGGAAGUGAGUCAGCACCGAGUCAAGAGGAAUUAGAAGAAUUGGCGCUUGGGCUGGAGUUAUCAGGGCUGCCAUUCUUUUGGACACUGAGAAAGCGAAAUAAUGAUGAUUCGAUCAAGUUACCAGAUGGGUUUGAGGAAAGAGUGAAGGGACGCGGACUGGUUUGGAUGAGUUGGGCACCUCAAGUCAAGAUUCUUGCUCAUGAAUCGGUGGGAGGAUUCUUGACUCACUGCGGUUAUAGUUCAAUAAUAGAAGCACUGCAUUUUGGACGUGCUCUGAUUAUGUUUCCUUUAUCUCUUGAUCAAGGGCUAAUUGCUAGAGUUUUUGAAGAGAAGAAAGUGGGUGUAGAAAUAAAAAGAGAUGAAGAAAAUGGAUGGUUUACCAAAGACUCAGUGGUCGAGUCACUGAAGUUGGUAAUGGUCAAAACAGAAGGUAAUGUAUAUAGAGACAAAGCCAAGGAGAUGAAGAAGGUGUUCGGAAAUAAGGAACUCCAUGACAGAUACAUGGGCCAUUUUGUUGAGUUUCUACAAAAUCAUUGCAGGAAUCCAUGACUGUUCCAAGCAAGAAGCCAAAGACAUUGCAUUUAAUUUCCUUUUAAAUUUGAAAGUGAAGGAUAUCUACCACUACGGUUCAAUGCAGCUGCUUUGGAAAUAGUUUGUAAAUUUGAGUUCCAUAAAAUGUACUUUAUUUUCGGAAACUUAUGGUCAGAACUCAGUUUGUAGUUUAUAUUUUUUGUAAUCUAUCGCUUCAGUUAAAAAAAAAAAAAGAAUUAUUGCUUCAUGUGGUCCUGAGUUGAAGAUAACCUUUAAUAUAGUUUAUUAAUAUAUAUAUUAUAAUUUUUGUGAUCUAAA